GAAUCUCGGCGGAGGAUGAGCGCCAAGAUAUCGCUCAGCGGUCGCAAUGCGAGCGGCCAGUCAACUGUGAACCAUCGGAGUGGUAAACCAUCGACAGGAUUGCUCCUCGCAAGACCAUCCGUCAAGAGGCCCUCAUCAUCGACGAAUCAAGAACGUCAACAAAGGAUGUGUUCAUUAUCCAUAGAGGUGAGUGGCAUCGAGGAAAGAGCCGUGAAACGAGCAGCCGUCAUUAAAGUGGACACAUCGCCUACAGACUCUAACGUUAGGGCGAAAACGAUAACAACUUUGGUGGACCGAGAAGACCAGAACGAGAUGCCAGCCCUUACACGUGCUUGUACUACUGCCACUUUACCGAGAUUUAAGAAAUUUCGAUUUGGAGUAUUGUCUUCGGGAAGAAGUCUCGAUGUAACUGUACCAGAAAUUGGUCGACAACAUCAUCGGCAACGUCAAAAACAACUCGAACUUCCUCUUGAUCGUCGGUAUCAACAACGAGAACAGAAGAAACGAGGAAUAAAAGGUGGUGAAAAAGAAGAAGAAGAAAAAGAGAGAAAAAAGGCAACAAUAUCGAUGUCGACUUUAGUGUGUUGCGAGCCGGUCUCGGCCGGACGGCCGCGGGACAACCUCAAACUCGUUCUGAAUCGUAGUUUGAGCGAGCCAGGUCCGCCGGCGACGUCUUCAUGCUUCCUCUCGUCGCCGACGUCGCCCGUAUCGCCUAGUCCCUCAACUACCAGCAGCGUCGACAGUUGCAUCACCGACGUUAGCGGAAUAACCGACAUUGCCAGUAGCAUUAGCAGCACCAGCAGCACCAGUAGCAGCGGUAUAAACUGCAAUAGCAUUAGCAGUGGUAGCAGUAGCAGUGGCACCGGUAGCAUCGAUAACGAAACUAUAACGAGCGACGUACAUCGUCACUAUCAUCAUCACCACUAUCAUCAUCAUCAUUAUCAUCACUACCAUCAACAUCAACUUCAUCCGCUCUCAGCUUCGAAACGUUGCAAGCUGGAGACGGUUAGCCUUCCCGCAAGUCCUUGCUCCGAGAGCAACAGUCUCCAAAAACAAUUGGUUCUCCAAAGAACGCGUACGAUAACACCGACCGAAUUAGCUCAAAGAAUCUUAGAACAUUCAACGAGCGGUCCUGUACUCCUCGAUUGUCGGCCAUUCAUACUCUACAACGUGAAUCACAUCAGAGGAGCUAUCAACGUAAACUGUUCCGAUCGAUUCAAUAGACGACGUUUGCAAUUGGGCAAAGCUACUCUGGCUGACCUCGCCACUGCUAGAGAAGGCAAAGAAAUCCUUAGAAGAAAACAGUAUAGAGAAGUCAUCGUUUACGACGAUUGCACCGCCGAGCUUGAAUACCUUCCCGUUCAACAUCCUUUAUUUUUGGUAUUAGCUGCUCUCGUUGAAGACAAUCGCGAACCCGCCUUACUUCUCGGUGGACACAAAGAGUUCCACAGGCGGCAUCGAGAAUUCUGCGAGGACACCCUGUUACCGUCCGGUGGUGGUAAUGGCAAUUCUUCCACAACCGUCAGCGGUUGUCCAAGUCCUGGUCCAGGUUGCUCGAUUCUAAGUCUUUCUGGACCACCGACACCACAAGCAGCAGACAUCGAUAGCCAUCCGGCAUCUCGUGUUUUACCCUUUCUUUACCUUGGCAACGGCAGAGAUGCUGCUGAUCUUCAACUCCUUCGAGCCCUUGGCGCUACUAGAGUAUUGAACGUUACCUCCCAAUUACCAGGAUAUCACGAGGAAAGGGGCAUUACCUACAGACAGAUACCUGCGUCAGAUUCCGGUCAUCAAAAUCUUAAGCAGUAUUUCGAAGAAGCCUUUGACUUUAUUGAGGAAGCACGAAAAGCCGGUAGCAGCGUAUUGGUUCAUUGCCAGGCUGGCGUUUCACGUAGUGCGACGAUCGCCAUCGCGUACAUAAUGCGACAUAAAGGCUUGUCAAUGGUCGAAGCAUAUAAAUUGGUGAAAAAUGCACGGCCGAUUAUCAGUCCGAAUCUAAAUUUUAUGGGGCAGCUUCUCGAAUUAGAGCAGGGACUAAGAGCGUCUGGUGGUGUCACUGGAACGCAACAAACGGAGGAACCCAAGAGUUGUCAUCAGUGUCGUUGGAGUCACCAGCAAAACAGUAGCGAGGAAGUUACUUCCGGUUGCAGCGUUUGAAAGAACGCGUAAGGCGUGCGUGCGCCUGACAUACACACUCCUACACAUACACAUACACAUAUAUGCAACACCUCGCAAAAAGAAACGUACGGACCUGCAAGCUCGUUUUUGUUGUUAUAUAUUACUAUACUAUUACUACUAUUAUUAAUUAUUAUUAUUAUUAUUAUUAUUAUUAUUAUUAUUAUUAUUAUUAAUUAUUAUUAUUAUUAUUAUUAUUAUUAUUAUUAUUAUUAUUAUUAUUAUUAUUAUAUUAUUCAUAUCCAUAUUUCUUGGACACAGGGACAACGAUAAUGCUCGUUCCAUCGAUUCAAAACGACGAAAACGUGUGUAGAGAUAAAGAGACGAGGCGGAAGAAACGGUACAUAUCUUAACGCGCAAAUUCAUCGUUCUUCCUGUUCUUUUUUAGCGGGAGAACUUGUUUACCUUGUUACCGUGCCUUGAUGAUCGCCCACUCCCCCCUCGAAAUAUAGGGAAAGGCCGAUUUACAAACGAUUUACUUAUCUAACAACUAACUUACUAAAUGUAUGAGCGUGAAAAAAAAAGAAAAAGGGGUAAAAGAAUAUCUCUGAUCGAACGAAUACCAAAUUAAGAAAACAAAAGGAAGGGAGAGCACAUUUUUAAUUACGAAAUAUUUGCAAAAUUUUCACCUAAAAAUUGAUUACCCAGACGAUAUAUACUUCCGAAUUAUCAUUUAUCUCAAGAAAAAAAAAGAGGAUGUUCGAUCGUUUUUUCUUUUCUAUUCUUUUCUUUUCUUUUCUUUCGUUUUAUCAAGAACAUGCUCUUUCAAUGCAAGGUUAAACUUGUAAGUACUUACGUGAAAAGUGUUCACGACUGUUGUUCGGCAUAGACAGAUAAUACUGAUUUUAGACUGUUUCUGACAACAUUAAAUUUAGAAUUUAAAGAUAUAUGUAUUUUUAUCAAAGCAUACUAAAAAAGCAAAAAAGAAAACAAAAAAACAAAAAAUACACAGAGACUACUUUAACGUACUUCGUUGAGAAUCGUUUUCGCAAGAGUGGCGAUCUAUAGAUCCAGUGUUUCGUAUAAUAGUGACGAUACUUGGUAUUAUUGCUGUACAGGAGAUAUAUCUAUUUAAUAUAUCUAUUAAUUUGAUCGAAUUGAAAUAAUCUUUCUUUUAGCUUUUUUUUAUUACUUUCUCCUUUUGUUUUUGUUUUUCUUUCUUUUCUUCACUCGCAUUCAUCAUUUGAUCGUAUUUCACAAAAACAUUGCGGACAACACUUCUUGAAAAUCGCCAGUUAUGAUGUUGAAGAACAUUUUAUUAACAAAAUAUUGUCUUGGCAAAUGAAAUUUUGUUAGAAAUUUUUGUGAAAGGGCAUUGAAUUUUACAAAAAAAACGAAAGGAGGUAGAAAGAGAGAAAGAGAGAGAGAGAACAUUAUUCAGAAAAUAAAUAACAUCGCAUACAAGCUGUAAGACGAUUAUUAGCCACGUUUAAGUUUUACAUUUGUCCAUUUGUAAUCUGUGCGUCUAUACGAUAAUUGAUAUAAUGUGGUUUAUAUUUGAUAAAUAAUAUGUAUAUCGUUAUAACCAAGAGAAAAGCUUAGACGUUAAACUCCUUAGCAUUUAAGAAUCUGGUUGUGGUCCAACCAUCGUGAUCUAGUCGUUUGUUGGGAUAGAUGGUAUAUAUCUAUAGUACGAGAGCAGCAUAGAAAUAAAGGAAAAAUAAAGAGAGAACGAGUGAGUUCCUUAUCGAAAUCUAUGACGUUCAAAUAUCACUGAAGAAAUUUCUUUUUUCUUUCUCGUUGAUGAAAAACCAUCGAGAAGAAAAUGAACAUACGUUACGUUGGUAAAUACGUAUUAAGAAUCUAUUACGGGUACGUGGUGGUAGUCAGGAUUAAUCUUUGUAAGUGAAAAUAGAGAUCGUUUGGCUUUGCGAGGAACACAAACUAACUUCGUUCACUCGAACCACGAAAAAAAGAUGCUUUCGUAAUGACAUAUUUCAUAUAGGGUAUUGCAUAUUAUAUAAUCGUAAGAUAACAUUAUUCACAUCGAAAUUUUAACGCGAAUAAGUUCCUGCAACUUUGAUCGUUAUUAGGAAGAAUCGAAUCGAAAAGAGAUUCAUUUUAGAAAGAGAAUUUAUUAUUACAAUCUCGCUUAAAUAUAAGAUUAAGUAGCUGUACAGAAUGAUAUAUGUAUAUAUAUAUAUGACAUUAUGUCAUCAUAUAUAUAUAUAUAUAUAUAUAUGGAGCUCGUUGCUAUUAACGAUGACUCUAUCGCAGACAAUAAAAUUGAAGAUAACGAAAGUGGAAGAGUUCCUUCGAUUUCGUCUUUAAUAUUCGCAACGGUACAUAUCAAGGAUACGUCGCCUUUUCAUAAAAAACUGAGAGCUGUAUGUAAGAAGAAAAGAACACAAAGUUAGUGAUUCAUACGUAUGUCUCUAAAUUGCCGGCAUCUUUUGUUUUUUUUUGUAAGAGGAAACGAUGUAAAUACGUGAACU